AUGUUGAUUGCCUUGGGUUUUCCUCUCUGCUUUGUGAAAAUCAUUGCUGCUUGUCUAACCUCUACUACUUUUGCUCUGAUUAUUAAUGGGAAGCCUCUGAAAUGGAGACCGCUUGAACUCACUCAUUUGAGCUAUGCCGAUUACCUCAUGUUAUUUGCAAAAGUCUUCAUGCUAAUUCUUCAAAAUCAGACAAUUUACUUGGCUGGCAUUGGUUCGAUCCAACGGGAUGAUAUUCUCAGCAAGAUUAAUUUGCCCCUUGGCAAGCUCCCCUUUAGCUACUUGGGUGUGCCCUUGAACUUUAAGAGUAUCUCAGCUCAUGAUUUUCAAAAGCUUGUUGACAAAAUGACUUAUAAGAUUCGAGGUUGGCCUUUUGUGUAG